AGGGUAUAAUAUGCCUCAUCGAAUCGGUAACAUCAAUAACAUAGAGAAGUUCGAUUAUGACUUCUUCAACAUACCAGUUACAGAUGCUCAUACGAUGGAUCCCGCAGCGAGACUGUUACUUGAGCAUACUUACGAAGCAAUUAUCGAUGCAGGUGUUAAUCCUAAAAAAUUACGGGGAACAAGCAUUGGUGUUUUUACAGCAAUUUGUGUGACUGAUACGGAGAAUUAUUUAACCUAUUCUAAACCUCAUAUAGCUGGGCAACCAUUACUUGGAUGUAAUAAGGCUGUUAUGGCAAAUAGAAUUUCCUGUUGGCUUGGUGUUACUGGCCCAUCGUAUAAUAUUGAUACUGCAUGUAGUUCGAGUCACUUUGCAAUGAAUGAGGCUUACAGGCAAAUUCGAUCCGGAAGAUGUGAUGCAGCCAUCGUUGCUGGUGCUAAUCUGUGUCUCCAUCCUCACACACAUUUCGGAUUUUAUACUCUUGCUACGUUGGAGGAGCUUCCGGAAUAAUUAUAAACAUGUAUAUAUGUAAAUAGUAAUAACUCGCAAAUAUGCUUCAAAUUUAUAUUCUAUAUUCACUUUCCCGUUCGUUUUCCUUUUAUAAUUUUGCAACUUGUAAGCCUUAUAUCUCUAAUAGCGAUCAACUAAAUUGUAAUCCUGUUCUGAAUUAUAUUUUUGUAUGAUAUAUUUUCGUAAAAAUUAAUUAUAAUUAUAGAGUAAAUGACCCGUUAAUAUUUUUAUCACAGUUAUAUUUUUUAAACCUCAUAUUACAAACUUCAUUUGUCAACAUAAUAUUUAUUAAGUUAGUAUCAAAUCUCAUUAUAAAAUUUAUUGGUCAUAAUAUUUAUUAAACCCGUAAAUUUUCAAACGUAAUUUUUAUCAUAACGAAAUUUGUUUGGUAACUAUGAAAUUUGUUAACUUAGUUAGUAAACUUGUGUGUUAUGUUUAAUCACAACUCUUUAUUUUAACUAAGAGACCUCAUUCACGUUCAUCUUCCCCUUCCUG